GGACUGGAUCCUACUGAGCUGAUUGCACGUGCACUGAAGGCGAAGUUCGCCAAUAUGCGCCACGAGUUGGACAGUCCAGAGAGUGCGGACAGUCCAAAGAAGAAAACACUGAGUGACGAGAACGAUGGCGAAUUUACACCACCUCCGAUUCCUGUCUUUCAAACGCCAGUAGUGCGGCGAGUUUGUGACGGAGGAGCAAGGGACGCUUUACGAUCUGGACCGACUUCCGAUGCGACUUCUGCCACAGUGGCAUUUGGUCGUCACAUCCUACGUCCAGUAAAUCGAGAUAAAUUGCCCCUCACAGUCCUCUCGGACUUGAGCUUUGACACUUCCGGUUCUACGAGCGCUACUCAACUGUAA